AUGUCCUCCUCCUUUUCACUCUUCAGCGUCGUCAUGGAGAACGACCACAACUACUUAAUCAAAAUCUAACAUUUGCAAGCAUUUGUGGGAUGGAUCGAAGGAAAUCACCUCUAAAAUUCCACAACAUCACCUACCCGCCACAGAGACAAACAUGUACGAGUAGUAAUUUGCAUUGAAUUCGCAGAGCAGAGGAAUUAGUAGUAAUGGUACUAGCCCGUAUGCGUAAGCAGCAGCACUUGAGGGCAACCAUAAGCGGCCCUCCUCUCCAGUCUCCAGCCUCCAGUCUCCAGUCUCCACUUUUGAUCUGAUUACAAAGAUUUUAGCUGUUUUGAGAUUUGACAAGUGAAAUGCGAACCUCUUCCUCCUCCUCCCAUUUUCUCUCUCGCCUUUGCCACUGCCGCAAUCAACCCUUCACUUCUAAACCCUACCUGCCAAUCCUACCGGACAUUUUUGUAUCAGCAUUUCGCUCUUCGUUGGAAGCAGACAAAUCUCCUCUCCACGCCACCCACCCACAUCCGCACCAUCAUUUUUGCUCCAACAGCAACGCCAAGUUUCCAAGAGCUGAUCAUUCCCACCAUAAACAUGCUCCUCCUCCUCCUCCUCGGCCGCGGCCGCAGCAGCAGCAGCUCCUAUUUUCAAGUCGUCAAGUCCGCUAUUUUACCACCAGCCCUCGGAGUCUUUUUAGGCAAAUUUCUUCUUCUUCUUCAUCGCCCAGAUUCCUUCCCUCGUCAUUCACCAGUUCAAUUUCUUUCCCUUCUAAUCCCAUUCCCCAUCCUUGCUUCACCUUCAGUCGCGGUUUCUUUACCAGACCUAAAAGAAUAAAGAUUGAAGUGGAUGAUCACGGCCAGCGAGCAGUCACCACAGCAUUAUGGUGCAACUUUCUUGUCUUUUCUCUCAAGUUUGGUGUCUGGUUUGCUACCUCAAGCCAUGUCAUGCUGGCUGAAGUUGUACACUCUAUUGCUGACUUCUUAAAUCAGGCGCUUCUGGCAUAUGGUCUGAGUAGUUCAAAGCGUGCCCCAGAUGCAAUCCACCCGUAUGGUUAUUCCAAGGAAAGGUUUGUUUGGUCUUUAAUCUCCGCAGUUGGUAUCUUCUGUCUUGGUUCUGGUGCCACUAUUGUUCAUGGAAUUCAAAACUUGUGGACUUCUCAGUCCCCUGUACAUAUUGAGUAUGCAGCAUUAGUGAUUGGUGGAUCAUUUCUUAUCGAAGGUGCAUCACUUCUUGUGGCCGUAAGUGCUGUCAGGAAAGGUGCAGCUGCUGAAGGAAUGAAAGUGAGGGACUAUAUCUGGCGUGGUCAUGAUCCAACAGCAGUUGCAGUCAUGACAGAGGACGGUGCUGCAGUUACAGGCCUUGCCAUUGCUGCUGCAUCAUUGGUGGCAGUAAAUACUACUGGAAAUCCGGUUUAUGAUCCCAUCGGCUCAAUUAUAGUGGGAAAUCUUCUCGGGAUGGUGGCUAUAUUUCUGAUUCAGCGGAACCGGCAUGCAUUGAUUGGUAGAGCAAUUGAUAACAAUGACAUGGAAAGAGUUCUGCAGUUCUUGAAAAAUGAUACGGUGGUAGAUUCCGUCUAUGAUUGCAAAAGCGAGGUUAUUGGGCCUGGAUUUUUUAGGUUUAAGGCUGAAAUAGAUUUCAAUGGUGUGGUGCUGGUGCAAAAUUAUUUGGAUAGAGCAGGACGUGAAGACUGGGCUAGACAGUUCAGAGAGGCUGCAGAGCAGAAGGACGAUGCGGCAUUACUGAAGAUCAUGUCAAACUAUGGUGAGGAAGUGGUGACGGCGCUGGGCAGUGAGGUUGAUCGGCUUGAAAAGGAAAUACAGGAAAUUGUCCCUGGCAUAAAGCAUGUAGACAUUGAGGCUCACAAUCCAAUUGGCCCAUCUGCGUGACUCAGUGAUGGUAGAGUUUUUUGUGACCCUAAAAGCGGUAAUUUUGGAGUGUUUUUUUUUUGGAAAAAAACCGAGGAGGUAUAUGAUGCACCGCAUCUUCUUCUUCAUAAUAGUAGAGUAAUUCUGCACCACAUCUUCGGUUCUAUGAUCAUUGAGGUUAUUAAUUAAUUAUAUCAAUGGAUGAACAAAUACAAGCAG